CCCUCCCCCUGCCGGCGCCUCAGAAGACCAUUCAUCAAGAAUUUUGUAUCCAAGGCACAGAAGUUUGUUACCGAAGAUGAUGAAUGCUGACAUGGAUGCAGUUGAUGCUGAAAAUCAGGUGGAACUGGAGGAAAAAACACGACUUAUUAAUCAAGCGUUGGAACUCCAACACACACUUGAAGAUCUGUCUGCAAGAGUAGAUGCAGUUAAGGAAGAAAAUCUGAAGCUAAAAUCAGAAAACCAAGUUCUCGGACAAUAUAUAGAAAAUCUCAUGUCAGCUUCUAGUGUUUUUCAAACAAGUGACACAAAAAGCAAAAGAAAAUAAGGGAUUGAUAUCUCUUAUGUCUUAUGGAAUUGCUGCUGAUCUUUUUUUUCUUUAAAACUUGGAUAGAUCCCAAAAGUUAUAGUACUUUUGUUUGUGUCUUCACUGAGUAUUUAUGAAG